AUGGUAGAGAACUUAGCAGCCUCCUAUAUUGCUCUGAAAUUGGAGAAUGAAAUUCUGCAGGCUCAAGUGCAGUGGCUGAUGGAGGAAAAUGCUGCCUUGCAGUCUCAGAUUCCAGAGCUCCAGAAGCCCUAAGAAGCCAAAGAGGAUGAACCACUCCAGAAGCCCUCAAAGGCCCAGGAGCCCCAGAGACCCCCAGAGCCCCUGGACUUGCCAGAAACCUUGGGGUCCCAAGAACCCCCAGAGGUCGAGACACAGAAGCCCAGAGAAUCUCAGGACUUCCCAUUCUGGGAGCCCCUAACAGCCCAGGAGCCCAAGAAGUCCUUGGAGCCCCCAGCAGCUCUGGAACCCCUGAAGCCCCCAGCUACUGAAGAUCCCCAGGAACCUUUAAUGGUCCACAAACUCUCAGGAGCAUGGGAGUCCCAAAAAUGCCCAGGAUGCCAGGAUUCCACAGUGGCACAGGAGCCUGAGAUUUCAGAGCCCCAGUAUCCCCCAAAUGUCCAGGAGCCUCAGGAGAUACCAGAAUCCCAGGAGACCUCAAUACAUCUGGAGUUCCUUGAACACAGCCCCCAGGAGCUCCUGGAUCUUUCAGAUGCCCAGGAGUUCCUAGGGCUCUUAGCACCCCAAGAGUACCUUAACAGCCUAACAGCUGCUGAGACAGCAGCUUCAGAGUUUCCGCAGUCCUCCAGUUGGCUAGAGCCUGAAGCCUUCCCCCUAGAAUACCCCUUAGUCUUCAAUGGGGAUGCCCAGAAGCUUCCUGAGUUUCUGGUUCAAUUGAAUAGUUACAUGAGAGUCAGAGGGCACAUGUAUCCCACCAAAGCAGGCCUGGUAAGCUUUGUUGGCAACUGCUUCUCAGGUGAAGCAGGAAAGUGGUUCCAUCCCAUAGUAAAUACUCAAAGCCCCCUGCUGGAGCAAUUUGAAAGUUUUAUACAAGUGUUCCAAGAUACUUUUGACAAUCCAGAAAACAUGGAAGAUUCCAACCACCAUAUCCGUCAACUCUGCCAAGGGGGGGACCACAUCCACCAGUAUGCCAUUCACUUCCACUUCAUUGCUCAAGAGAUAAAAUGGAAUGAAAGCACUCUUUGCAUUCAAUUUCAGGAAGGGCAUGCCAGGUCUAUCCAAGAACUGUCUCACACAAGCCCAGCCACCAACCUAUCUGAUCUGAUCACCCAAUGUAUCACCCUAGAAGAGAAGCUAAAUGAUAAGCCUGAUCUAAGUCCACAAGAGGCAAGUCCCUCUGAGGAGAAAUUAGAUCUUGAUAGUCCACCAGCUGAAAACCAGCCAGUGAAGGCUUCAAGCAAUCACCCACACCUCAGUGAAGCUGAACAAGCCCAUCGUCUUGAAAGACACUUGCGCCUCUACUGCGGUAAUCCUGGUCAUCUUGCCAGAGGUUGCCCUGUCAAGCCCCAUCACGCCCAGCAGGUGGGAAACAUCGUGGCCUGGCAGUAA